UGCUCUUCAGGUAGACGCGACUCAGGUCAUUUUUCGACGAGUCAGUCAGAAAGGUGCUUUUAUCUGUGUUGGAGCAUUCGAAUCGUCCCUUAGAGGAUAUGGAAUAAACGUUGUACUUCUGCACCACCCGCACUCACACACCAUGCUGCUCACCAAAGCAGAUGGACCAGCACGUAUAAUAGCAGCUGCCCACCUUGUGGUUUUAAUUCUUCUAGUCCCCAACAUCCUUGCUCAAUACCAAUUCGAACCAGCUGUUCGGUAUGACAAUUACGGCCAGUCCUUCCAGCCAUGGCAGCCAGUGCAGUUGCAGAGUCCAGUGAGAUUACCUUCUCCUUAUCAAAGGCAAGAUGAAUUGAACAACAGUGGAGAAAAUAAUGGACAGAAUCAAACCCGUGGCGUAUUUGCCAGAAUGAGAGAAACCAUGCAGAAUCAGGGUCGUGGCGCGAUUGCCAAAAUCACAGAAACCCUGGGUGCCCUUAACACUUUGGGCCGCUACCUGGUCGGCAUGACUCGAAAAGAACCAAACAAUUCGUCGAGCAACAACAGACCAGACAGGGACGUCGUUGCUCAGCAGCCGAAACCUCAGGAGGAUCUCGGAGGUGCCAUUUACACGUUGAGCAAAACCGUCCUUGGACCAAACGUCACUGACACUAUUGCUCCUUUGGUACGAGGCGUUCAGCUGCCGACAGUGGUUGUCAGGGACGGCGACGAUGAAAAGCAAAAGCCUGCCACUUCAUUGGACACGGAGGAGAAACAGGGCAUCCGAGAUCGACCCUGCACCACCCCCAAAGGUCACGCUGGAAAUUGUGACGACCUGAGCGACUGUCCGUCUCUAUUGCUUGACCUGGGCAACCUGAGACAGUCAAUCUGCUUCAAAUCUCUCUUUGUGCCAGGAGUUUGCUGCCCUCGCUCCGAAUCAGGUUUCGCCGAUUCAGUUACAAGCAGGCCUACAACAACAACAACGACAACGACCUACAGACCGUAUACGACGACAACAGCGACGACUCGUCGGCCUAGUUUUGUUGUUCGACCGCCUGCCAUUGGAACAGACGUUGCGUCCGCGUCAAGCAACAACAUCUUUCAAAAUGAGUGUGGUGUUUCCGAAACUGCGAAAUUCCGCGUGGUGGGUGGUUCGGAAUCUCUUCCUGGUCGUUGGCCCUGGAUGGCUGCUAUAUUCCUGCACGGUUCCAAGAGAACCGAGUUUUGGUGCGGAGGCACUUUGUUGCUUGAAAACUACGUUCUAACAGCGGCUCAUUGCACCAGAGACACCAGACAAAGACCGUUCAGCGCUCGUCAGUUCACUGUGCGCCUCGGCGACGUCGAUUUGGGACGCGACGACGAGCCUUCGCUGCCGCAAACCUUCCAGGUGGCUGAAGUGAAGGCCCACGACAAAUUCUCGCGCGUCGGCUUCUACAACGAUAUCGCCCUUUUACGCCUGGACGGACGAGCCCAACGCACCAAGUACGUGGCGCCAAUCUGUCUGCCGCAAUUGGCGCUCCGGAGCGACAACUUUGUGGGUCAACGACCCACUGUCGUUGGCUGGGGCACCACCUACUACGGGGGCAAGGAGAGCACCGUGCAGCGCCAGGUUGACCUGCCUGUGUGGCGAAAUGAGGAUUGCGACAAUUCUUACUUCCAACCUAUCACCGCCAGUUUCAUCUGCGCUGGAUACUCAGAGGGUGGCAAAGAUGCAUGCCAGGGUGACUCUGGCGGGCCCUUGAUGUUGAAACGCAGUGGCAAGUGGACACAAAUCGGCAUUGUUUCCUUUGGCAACAAAUGCGGCGAGCCAGGCUACCCUGGCGUUUACACUCGAGUUACCGAGUAUUUGGACUGGAUUGAACAAAACGCAGUUUGAGAUGCCAAAAACGUGCAAUCCAUUUAAGUCUUCUUGUAAAUUAUUAUUCUUUCGCUGCUCACUUGCUGUCUUUUUAUUUUAAUUUAAAUUAUUACUUUAAACUUUGUAUAGAGCAAUAAAUUAUAAUACA